GCUAGCGAGAGGGUGCAGAUGACCGUAGCGGCUCCUAGUGAGCAACACCAUCGGACACCUGAGUACCGACUUGUCAGCCAACUGACCAGUGGUUCGGUCGCUGUCGGGGUCUUCCUAAAGAGGGUCCAAGGGGAAUCAUCUGAAUACGAUAUAACAGAGAUAGCAUUCGAGUUGGGUGAUCGGAUCACUAAGGGCCACCCACAAGCCCGGCUGCGAGCUCUGAGGGCUGUGGAAGGCCUUGCUGAUAGAGAGGAGGUACGGGAUGUCUGUACUGAUUGUGUUUCUGAUCCCCAAGCUCUACCUCAAAUCUGCCGUGCUACAGCAGCCCGAGUGUCCCGAGCCCUGCAUGGGGCCAAUGGUCAUCGUCCAGUGGCUGCUCCCAAGCAGUCGAUGCCGGACCUGCUUGACCUUGGCGGUGGGGAUAGCCUUUCGGAGGAGUCGGUCGAAGCGGCGGUGGUGGACAAUGCUGGUGGCGAUGAUUUGCUUCUACUUGGAGAAGCUGAUUUCCUCGACGCCCCUGUUAAUUCGAAUGCAAAGGAGGUCGAUCUGUCGGGAUUGAACCUGGGUGGAUCGAUAGCCGCAGGAGACAAGAACAGACAGCUCCCCCCAGGCUACCAAACAGUCGGUGAUAAUCUUCUCGGAGAGCAGUCGGCAUCUGGGAUUCUUCCCGUCCAGCAAGCGUCUUCACUCCUGCCCGACUUAGCUGUGGGUAGCAUACAAACCAACGGCGCCCAACAGACCCACUCGGCCGGUGGCUACACUAUGGGUGGUCACCAGCUUGACGAUAUAUUCACUGAGGCGGCCGCCAAGGCCGCGGCUCAGGCUGCUGGCGGGUCGUGUAUGGAUGGGAAAUGUUCGAAUUUUACGAGUGUUGGUCAGCAGUCGGGUAAAUCAUCAGCAUUCAGUUUUAUCGGUAGUGGUGUUCGCCGAUGA